AUGAAAUUGAGACUGAUUGCGGGUGGACUGAAGAAAAUGGGGACCUUCGUGGAUGCGCACAUCCUGAGCUUUGCAGCUGGCGAGGGCCACGUUCUGGUCGUUGCAGCACAUCUUCAGAUCCAAGACCCAGCUCUGAGGACGAUGCAUUGUCUUUACAAUGCUCUUCGCUUGGCGACGGCUCAGAACUUUAGUCUGUGGACGUAUGUUUCUUUGAUGUCCGAUAGCGGACAAGUAUCCAGCCGCCAAAACUAUCUCAUCGCAAUCAGCACGAACAGCCGGAAGAUGAUGUUUACAUUUUCGAGACGGCGCGACAAUGCUGUACCGCAAAGGCUGUCCGUUGUUCAGAUCAUGGUCCUGCAGCGUUACGAGUCUGAGAUGUCAGAAUCUUCUGAUGGUGCCAACACCUGGGCGAAAAGAGAAUUGGAGACCAGGCACCCGAGUGUCUCCACAUCGCUCCUCGCUACGCUGACUGCAGGGGAGGGGCUGCGGUCUCGCAAGGUGGUAGGGCUUUGGGUGGCUAUGGACCGCGCCGACAUGGCAAUGGAGCAGGAAGCCAGAGACUAUUUUCGGCAGCACUUGCUUCGCGCUCUGCCAGCUGAUCUCGCGGAAGAAGAAGCUCCAGUGUCUACCUCGACCGAAAGGCAGCGACCAUUGGUCGACCGUCACUGCGACAUGCUUCUCUUCGCCGUCUCGCAGUCCUGUCUCGCCUGCCUCCUCACGCUCCCCUUCACGGUCGCGGAAAGCAUCCUUGGCUGGAGGCACGAUGAUUUCGAAUGGAAGACCAUCGUGUCCUCCAUGCUCGGGUCCAAAGCGACCGACGCAGGGCUGAUCGAGCUUUCCGGUCGAACGGGAGGCGAUUUCGAGGCCGUGCGCGAUGUCGAGCAAGAGGAGUUGAAUCGAGAAGAGCUUCGAGUUGAGCGCGUGUCGAAGGUCAUCAAACGGGUGCCUGGCGAGCGUAUAGAUGCAGAGAAGAUGGUGCGUGCAAGCAUCCGAUGUCUUCAGGAUGCACAGGGCUACACCACGGAGGCUUUGGCGGAAGAGUGCCGGAAGCUUCAAAACCAGGAAGACGAGGACGAAGGCAACGAUGAGCUGGCUCGCAACACAAAGCUGAACAAGCACAUAUCUCGUGCCAUUGCUCACGAUCGAGGUGAUUAUACUGUGACUGCCAGUACCAAGCACGACGGGGAGGGCAGCUUCCCACUGCAGGCUUGCUUCAGAAAAGACCUGCGCAGAUCCGCAUCAACCCUCAGCUUGAUGUCUACGCUGGGCCGCGAUGUCUCCGAGCGGCUGAAGAUCAUCGUGGAAAAUCCCCGAGAACUGUCUACAUUCUAUGACAUGGACGAGUCUGGCGACAUUGGCAAAGGAAGCUACGGCGUGGUCCGCAAGGCUAAGGUGAAGUUCACAGGCGCCCAGCGUGCCGUGAAGACCAUCUCCAAAGAGCAGUGCAAAAAUGGCUUCGGUGCCUUGAAGAAUGAGAUCCAGAUAUCAAAGAAAGUGGAUCAUCCAAACAUUGUCAAGCUGUACGAAAUUUUCGAGGAUUCAGAAAACCUGUACUUGAUCCUCGAACUAUGCAGCGAGGGACACCUCUUUUCCUAUAUUCGAUCUCAGAAGACACCCAUGAGAGAGUCUACCUCCGCCUUGAUCAUGCGUCAAGUGCUUCGAGGCGUGGCCUACCUGCACAGCUGUUUCAUCGUUCAUCGCGAUCUCAAGCCCCAGAACAUCUUAGUCGUCAGGACUGAUCGCGAGUCUUUGAAUUCAAUGCGGAUCAGCGAUUUUGGCUUGUCCUGUGAGUUCGAACCGAAUCAGAUGCUCACGGCCCAAGUGGGCACCACAGCCUACAUGGCUCCCCAGGUCCUAGUCAAGAGCUAUACUCACGCCUGUGAUGUUUGGAGCUGCGGUGUCAUCCUCCACAUCCUUCUUUCAGGUUUUCUCCCCUUCCUUGGCAAGGAUGCCAGUAAGGAGUCCAUCCGGAAGGCGAUCCUGAGAGGAAAGGUGAAGUUGAUUGGGAGGCGGUGGCAGGAGACCAACCAGCAAGCCAUCAGCUUGAUGAUGAAAAUGCUCAAAGUGGAUCCCUCGGAACGCCUCACAGCGCAGUCUGCCUCAGAGCACCCCUGGCUUCGGCGGCACAAGGUGAAAGAAGAAGCAACGGUGCUUACCAAAGAGGAGGUCGUCACAGGCCUACAGACCUACUGGGAGCUCAACGUUUUCAAAAGGGCUGCUCUCCACGUGAUCGUUACUAUGUUGAAUGAUGAGCAGACAAGCAUCCCCCGGAACACCUUCAUGCUGCUGGACAGUGAUGGCGAUGGCAUCAUCUCUGAGACGGAGUUCGCAGAUGUGUUCGGCAAGUGUGAUUUGGAUCCUCAGAUGUUCCAGCAUGCCGAAAGCGUCACCGGAAGUGACUGCGAACAAAGUGGCAGCGCUGCGUCGCGGACGACUGAGCCUGGUAUCUCGUACACGCAGUUCCUGGCUGCAACGUUCGACAAGAGAAUGUGGGUGCAGAAGCCAGUGUGCAAAGCAGCUUUCAGCCAGUUCGACUCCAAUGGUGACGAGCAGUUGACAUUGAGCGAGCUGGUGUGCUCUAGUAGCAUGCUCGGCAAGCUGAACCCUUUCGAAGCAGAGAAGCUUGUCCACGAUUUCGACACCAAUCAGGACGGUAUGAUCGACUUCAAUGAGUUCUACUCAAUGAUGCGUGCCCUACCAGUGGGGCAAGCAGCCUUGAAACGGUCCGCGUCGAUGAUGUCGAAGAGGUCGAGAACACGAAGUGAUCCGUCGACUUCUUCAACAAUUUCGCGGUCUGGGCAGUUUAACCCGUCAUGA